AAUUUACAAACACGUCCCUCUACAUCACAACCCACUUCUGUGUCUUCUACUGCUUUCCCGUCAACGUCUGUCCCUAUCUGUAGCAAUGGCUCACCCCUAAUUGGACGAAUCAUUUUCUCUCGUGAACGGCUAGCGGCGUGUGCUACGGUUAGUUGCAAGAAACCUCGGGUGCUGAGGCAAAAGUCUGACCACGGGGCUUUUAGCCAGAGUCCAGCCAUGAAGAAGCAGUUUGACAGGCACCUUCCCUCCCCCCCUGCAUUAGAUAGCAUCAUCACAGAGUACCUGAGGGAACAGCAUGCACGCUGUAAGAACCCUGUGGCAACAUGCCCACCUUUCUCUCUCUUCACCCCCCAUCAAUGCCCUGAGCCCAAACAGAGGCGCCAAGCACCUAUCAACUUUACAUCCCGACACACACGGAGGGUUAUAUAUCCUAAAUAUGGAGGAGUGGAUGGAGGUUGCUUUGACAGACAUCUCAUCUUCAGUAGGUUCCGUCCCAUCUCCGUGUUCAGGGAGGCAGACGAGGAUGAGAGUGGGUUCAUGUGUUGUGCCUUCUCAGCUCGCGAGCGGUUCCUGAUGCUCGGGACGUGCACAGGGCAGCUCAAACUCUACAAUGUGUUUACAGGCCAGGAGGAAGCCAGCUACAGCUGUCACAGUUCAGCCAUCACUCACCUGGAGCCCUCACGGGAUGGUUCUCUGCUCUUAACAUCAGCCUCUUGGAGUUACCCUCUGUCUGCACUGUGGGGCAUGAAGUCAGUCUUCAUCAUGAAGCAUUCAUUUCUGGGCGACCAUUAUGUGGAAUUCAGUAAGCUUUCACAAGAUCGUGUCAUUGGGACUAAGGAACAUAUAGCAAGGAUUUAUGACAUCCAGACAGGUCAGGUAACUCUGACUCUAAACAACCCAGACCUGGCUAAUAACUACAAGAGGAACUGCGCCACCUUCAACCCAACAGAUGACCUUGUGCUGAAUGAUGGCGUGUUGUGGGAUGUGCGCACGGCUCAGGCCAUCCACAAGUUCGACAAGUUCAAUAUGAACAUCAGUGGUGUGUUCCAUCCCAAUGGCCUGGAGGUCAUUGUGAACACAGAAAUUUGGGAUCUGCGUACCUUCCACCUCCUCCACACCGUUCCCGCUCUGGACCAGUGCAGAAUAGUCUUCAACAACAAUGGCACUGUCAUCUAUGGAGCAAUGUUGCAGGCUGACGAUGAAGACGACAUGAUGGAGAUGCAGAUGAAAAGUCCAUUUGGUUCAUCGUUCAGGACCUUUAAUGCCACGGACUACAAACCAAUUGCCACUAUUGAUGUCAAGAGGAAUAUUUUCGACCUUUGCACUGAUACCAAAGACUGCUACCUAGCUGUGAUUGAGAACCAAGACUCUGUAAACACUGACACAGUGUGCAGACUAUAUGAAGUUGGCAGGCAGAGACUUGCAGAGGAAGAGGAGGAGGACGAGGAUGAUCAGCAGGAUGACGAUCAGGAAGAAGAUGAUGACGAUGAUGAAGAUUCAGACGACGACGUUGAUACAGAUCCCCUUAUCGCUGAGCCAGAGAAUGAGAACGGCGGAGAGGAUGAGGAUGAUGAAGAGGAGGACGAUGGAAAUGAUGAAUUCUCUCCCUCUGAUGAAGAGGUGGCACGCAUUCUCGAAGAGGAUGUUGACGUUGGGGACGACGAUGAUGAGGAUGACAAUGACGAGGAUGACUCUGAUAAUGACGACGUUGAUCUGGAUGGCGACAAUGACAGUUCCGACAACUCUGACCUGGAGGAUGACAUCAUCUUAUCCCUGAAUGAGUGAGGAGCCACUGGUGCCUGGGACCGUGGAACCGGACAAUAUGUCAAGACUUCUGCCUCAUAGACAUUUGAACUGCAGAACAGGAGGCAAGAAAAGAGGAUAAUAUCAGCAGACAAGGUGGGAGAUAACUUUGGAGCACUGCCAGUUUGAAACAGUAGGUGUCUGCAGUGACAAGACCAAGGAAGAACAACCUCAUAAAGGAGGUGAAAAACUAAUGCACACAAAUUGACUGGUGGGCAAAAAUGAUUGUAAACAAUAUAGUUUUAUAAAAGAAAUGGUGGGCUUGAUGAGAGAAAUUGCCAGUGUGUAGAUGCUGUGAAGACGAGUUUUAUAUUUUAUCACAUUUACGGCUUUUAAGUGAGCGUCUUCAUUUGAUAUUGAUCCACUCACUUUGUAAGCCUCCGUUUGCUAACAGAUUAGUGUUUGUAUGGAAAAAAGGCUUACAUUGCAGUCUUGUGGGUUUGCAUUUGGGUGGCAAAGGAUACAAUGCAUCCCCAAGCUUGUAUUUUGCCAGAUCGCCUGGAAAAAUCACCAGAAAGUAAUAAAGCAUUGAAUUAGGCAGCUGAUAAUAAAGCUGUAAUGCACAAACAUGCUCAUGGUUCAUUAAGCCUAAAACCUGCCUUCAGGAUUCACUUUCACCAUAAACCAAUAGCCAAAACGCCACACACAGCAGUGCCAUUCGUAAACGUCUGCUUCUGAUUUCAUUACGUAAUUACGGAGAUUAAAUGAGCUUGGUUCUCUUGUAUUGCUGAAGAAACCAGUGUGGACGCUGUAACAACAUUAUUGACACACCUGCUCACUGUCAGCACAUGACAGGCGAAUUGAGGCUUCUACAGCUUUCUACGAUUGUGAUAUUUUACAAACCUUUAUUGAGCCACACAACGAUUUGGCUUUAGUGGAUGUUUCCUAAAAUGAUUCCAUGGCUUUGUGCUGUUGACAACAGCAUACAUCCAGUCAUACAGUGAAAAUAAUCUUAUGUUAGAAAACUGGGGAUUUAUCACAGUGACUUUGGUUCAGGACUGAUACUAUAGUAAACCUCAUCCCUUGGACUAAAAUCUCUUGUUAAAUAUUGAAAGAGAGCUUACUUUAAAACAUUGGAAAUAAAAGCUGGUGGUCAGCAAAUUGUUUUCAUUUCAAGUUUAGAGUUUUCUCUGAGUGGAGUGUCAGGAAGCUUCAAACCCAACAUUGUGACAACAAAUGCCUUUCAAUUGCACACUUUUUGAAAGCAGUGCAGACAUUGAUUUUUCUUGUUUUUUGCCUUGCAUUUGUUCAUUUUACCUGUUUUCUUUCCUAUAAGAAGACUUUGAUGUUGAGUUUCUUGAGACAGUUUAUGUACAGCUUGUAUGUAUCUAAAGUAUUUUUACUAUAAAUAAAGCCACAAAAUUAGCU